CAUUAUUCAAGGCAAUGUCUCUGUUUCUGAUAACAUCAUCAAGUUAUAGUUAUACCAAUCAAACCGCGUUGACUAUGCCAAAUUAAAAUCGAUGAGCACGCAUAUAUUAUUAUAUACUACUGUCCUUGCGUGUUGCAACAAUGUCAUUAGUUAUAUAUACUUGUCAACUAUGACACAUUUGAGAUUGCAGAAGAUUUUGUGAAGAUGAAGUCCACGUUGGCAAAUCUAUCAAGCUCUAUGUUCUUCCUUGUGUUCCUCAUAGCUUUUGUGUCUCGUAAUCACGGAACCAAAAUCAACCACAGAAGCAGCAAGCAUGUUGCCCUCUUCAUUUUUGGCGAUUCUUUCUUAGAUGCUGGCAAUAACAAUUACAUCAAUACUACAGCUCUUGACCAAGCAAAUUUCUGGCCCUAUGGGGAAACAUACUUCAACUUCCCAACAGGAAGAUUCUCUGAUGGAAGGUUGAUAUCAGAUUUCAUAGCUGAAUACGCAAACCUGCCAUUGGUUCCACCAUAUCUACAACCUGGCAUUAACCAAUACUAUGGUGGAGUGAAUUUUGCAUCUGGUGGAGCAGGUGCUCUUGUUGAAACUUUUGAAGGGUCGGUAAUACCCUUCAAAACACAAGCAAGAAACUUCAAGAAAGUAACGGCUUGGUUGAGGCACAAGUUAGGGAGUUCUGAAGCAAAAUUAUUGUUAUCAAAGGCUGUCUAUAUGUUCAGCAUCGGAACCAACGAUUACCUUAGCCCGUUCUUGACAGAUUCUCUUGUUCUUAACUCUUACUCUCAUUCAGAAUAUGUUGGUAUGGUUGUUGGAAACUUCACUUCCAUUAUCAAGGAAAUAUACAAGAGAGGGGCUAGAAAAUUUGUGUUCAUGACCUUGCCACCCUUGGGUUGUCUUCCAGGCACUAAAAUAAUCCAAUCAAAGGGAAAUGGUAAAUGCUUACAAGAACUUUCAGACCUUGCAAAUUUACACAAUCGAGUUCUAUCUGUGGUUCUCUUACAACUGGAGAAACGAUUGAAGGACUUUAAAUUUGCUCUAUACGAUUUCAACACUGAUCUCACUCAGAUGAUAAAUCAUCCCUUGAAAUAUGGGUUGAAGGAGGGAAAAAUAGCAUGUUGUGGAAGUGGACCAUUGAGAGGAGUGUAUAGCUGCGGAGGAAAAAGAGGGGAGAAGCAUUUUGAAUUAUGUGACAAACCCAAUGAAUAUUUGUUUUGGGACUCUUAUCAUCUUACAGAAAGUGCUUACAAAAUAUUAGCAGAUCGAAUGUGGGGCUAUACCAACAACUCUUACAAUAUAGGGCCUUACACUAUUAAAGAUCUCUUCCAACUCCCAUGAUUUGUUUCUUGGUUCAUUGUUUUUGCUUUCUUACAACAAAGAUAAAAUCUUAAUCAUUAUAUCUUGAUUACGCUAAUAAAGUGUGUGUAUAACUUUGGUCCAAUAAUACUUUUUGUUUUUUACCUAA